GGACAAUUAAAAGGCGGAGGGUUUGACGUGGGCGGUGUGUGCCUUACUGUAUAUCCUCUUGUGUAAGAAGGAGUCCUUCCUCUCUUGCCCACAGACACUCCGUCUGGUAUGAUGUUACCGCUGCUACUUAUGGUGUUUGCAUCACUAUGUGCUGCAGAUUUGGAAAUCCCCUACCUGCACCCUCCCGGUUGUAGCUGCACGUCCAUGGCUUUAGGAGAAUCAGAAAGUGAAUUUAUCUAAGAUCCUCAGGAUGGGCCAUCAAGAUCAGAUCUGUCGUUUGAGAUGUUUGAAAGGACCUCAAAAUGAAAGACAAGUGUUUGGGGAUUCACAUUCGUCCAUUAACAUGACAAUCUCUUAUGGAGAACCACGUGUGAAAGACAUAACCUGGAUACGUGAAGCCGACGGAGACGAAACUCGAGUUGCAAAGACAAAAGAUGACGACAAAUCGGUUGACAUUCUAUCCAACAGAUAUGGGACAUCUAAUAAUGGAAGAGUUCUGAUUAUCCAUGAUCUGACUACAAAUGAUUCUGGACGCUACGUCGCUUAUAUAACUCUUUUGGAUAAUACGAUUAUAAAGGAAGAAUUUAACCUCACAGUUCAAGAGCCCAUCCCACCUGAACAGAUCAUAGCUGAAGAGAAAAACGAAGAAAAGAAAAAAAGUUACGAUAUACUGAUAAUAGUCUUAUGCAUUGUGGGAGCCCCGGUAGUGCUGGCUGUGCUGGUGUGGACGUUCAUAUGUUAUAAGAAAUCAUCAAACACAACUGGACAAGGUGACCAAAGCGAAGAAAUCCAAACAAACCAAAUGAAAAUGUGGUUAAGUGAAAUAAUAAGAAAAAGAAAGUUCACGAGGAUGAAGACUAUUUGGCAACAAGGUGAACAAGAUGAAGGGGUCGUAGAGUAUACAGUCAAUGAGAGCAAUCCUGGUCCCUCCUCCAAAUAUUUGCUUCAAGAAAAGGAAGACCGAGACAAACUGAUCCAGAAGAAGGGAUGUUUUCUGUUAAUGAAAGCUAAGUUGUGAUAUUUAUUGUUUGUAUAAUAUUUAUUUGUUAAAAUAAAUGACAGAGCCCAUGAUGAGUCAUGGCAUAUGACACCUGA